AUCAGAAGGAACCUGUUCGACAGAAUUCACAAUUUCUCUCUCUAAACACCUCCGAGCUCCCCUCCUCUUCUCAGUUUUCACGACUCUACCACUUUCCCCGAAGAAGCCCCCAGAAGAUUCAACAGCAGUCAUGUCGACGACGACGACGACGACGAAGCCGACGGUGGUGCUGUUCCCCUCGCCGGGCAUGGGGCACCUGGUGUCCAUGGUGGAGCUGGGCGAGCUCCUCCUCCGCACCAACUCCCUCUCCGUCACCAUCCUCACCCUCGACCCCCCCUUCCACACCGGCGCCACCGCCACCAACUUCGUCGCCCGCGCCGCCGAGUCGCACCCCGACAUCUCCUUCCUCCCCCUCGACGCCCCCACGGCCACCACCGCGCCUUCCCCGGCCUCCUCCUCCCCGCACCACGAGGCCCUCGCCUUCGACCUCCUCCGCCGCUCCGUCCCCUCCCUCCUCUCCGCCCUCCGCGCCGUCUCCCUCUCCUCCCCCGUCCGCGCCCUCGUCCUCGACUUCUUCUGCACCGACGCCCUCGACGCCGCCGCCGCUCUCCGCAUCCCGGCCUACUUCUUCUUCACCUCCAGCGCCUCCGCCCUCGCCGCCUUCCUCCACCUCCCCUUCCUCCACUCCCACCUCCCCUCCAGCUUCAAGGACAUGGGCGACACUCCUGUGGCUUUUCCUGGCCACCCCGAUAUCCCCGCCUCGCACAUGCCCCUCCCCAUGCUCGACCGCGCGGACGACGCGUACAAGGGCUUCAUACGCCACUUCGAGCGCAUGGUCUCCGCCCAAGGGAUCCUCGUCAACACCUUCGAGUGGCUCGAGCCGCGCGCGCUCGGCGCCCUCCGGGCCGGGCUCUGCGUCCCGGGCCGGCCCGUGCCCCCGGUCUACUGCGUCGGGCCGCUGACGCGGGGCGGUAAGAGCACCGGGCACGAGUGCCUACGGUGGCUGGACGCGCAGCCCCGCGGCAGCGUCGUGUUCCUCUGCUUCGGGAGCCUCGGCGUGUUCACCGCGGAGCAGCUCAGGGAGAUCGCGACGGGGCUGGAGCGGAGCGGGCACCGGUUCCUAUGGGUGGUGCGGGCGAGCGAGGACCCGAACCGGCUUUUCACGAGGCCGGCCGAGCCGGACCUGGGCCGGGUCCUCCCGGAGGGGUUCGUGGAGCGAACCAAGGAGCGGGGCCUGGUGGUGAAGACGUGGGCCCCGCAGGUGGAGGUGCUGCGGCACGCGGCGACGGGCGGGUUCGUGACGCACUGCGGGUGGAACUCGGUGCUGGAGGGGAUCUGCGCGGGGGCGGCGAUGAUCGCGUGGCCGCUGUACGCGGAGCAGCGCAUGAACAAGGUGGUGCUGGUGCAGGAGUGGGGGCUGGGGCUGGGGAUCGAGGGCUACGACAGGGAGGACGGGGUGGUCGGGGCGGCGGAGGUGGAGAGGAAGGUGCGCAUGCUGAUGGAGGGCGAGGAGGGGAGGCGGGUGAGGGAGAGGGUCGCGGCGGCCAAGGACGCCGCGGCGAAGGCCGUGGCGGAGCGCGGCGCGUCGAGGGAGGCGUUGAAUGAGCUGGUCCGGACGUGGAUCGCCGGAGAAGUGUCCCCCUGAUGAUCAGCUGCUCACAUCCGUUUCAAUAAUAUAAUAAUUAAGAAAAUAAUUCUUAUUACUACUAUUAUUUGUUCUUUCUUUUUGUACCGAUGGUUGUAUACUUUGUCUUAGGACUCUUUACUCCUGUCACCGCCCCAAUCAUUAGAUUUUGCGAAUUGUGAACCAUGUGCUAAAAUAAUGACUGAAAUUAAUUAAUAAG